AUGGCAAUUCUAGAUCGACUUCCAACUCGUGAUCGACUUCAACGAAUGGGGAUUAUCACUACUGGGGACUGUGUCCUUUGUAAUGAUGCACUGGAAACUCGGUCUCAUUUGUUCUUUGAAUGUCCCACGGCUUCUAAUUUAUGGGAGAUCAUUUUACAACACAAUGGGUUAAAGAAAUCCAUUUCUUCUUGGGAGGACAUGAUUGUUUGGGCAUGCAAUUCUUGGAAAGGAAAGUCUCUUAUUUCCACUAUUUUAAAACUUGCUUGGUGUGCUAAAAUCUACGUUUUGUGGGAGGAGCGUAAUCGAAGAAUCUUUCAAGGAAGAUCAAGAUCUACUGAUGAUCUUUUUAUUUGCAUCAAAGAAUUUGUAGGUAUUAAACUGAGGGGGAAAAAGAUCAACAUGUUUGAUAGGGUUAAUACUUUCCUAUGUAAUUCUUGGGCAAUACCAGAAGAGACGUUCGCAUAA